AUGGAAUCUGAACAACAUCAUUCUCCCGACACUGAACAUGGAGAAUUCCAAUGGAUGUCAAUGGCAGGAUACCCGCCAAAUGGACCCCAGAAUACCUCACCAGUUAUGCCUGAAUAUAAUCCCUACACAUAUGGAUCAUCAGCUGUCAUGCCUGUCGAGCCAGCUCCGUUCUAUGGCAUGGCAAGACCGCCGCCUUACAGUUCGCAUCAGCAACUGCAACCGCUGCAUCCAUUGAUCGUGCCACCUCAAUGGCCGAGCAUGUUAACAUCACAAUCCAACUACUCCACCCCGUCUAUACCAAGCGCGUCAACGACAACGCCUUCAUCCGCCGUUUCAUCGACUUCUCAACCACUCCAAAUUCGGCAGACUACCACCGGAGGCAAUACCCCUCGCCGAACUCUGACUGACGAAGAUCGACGGCGAAUGUGUCAGUAUGCUGAAGAUAAUCCCGGUGUCAAGCAAACCGAUAUUGGAUUGAAGUUUGGCGUUGAGCGAAGUACAGUUUCCAAGGUUUUACGACAGAAGGAGAAGUAUCUCUUCCCUCAUGAUGGAAGUCAAUCACCAGUGAAGAAGUCCAAAGGCAAAUUUCCCGACAUCGAACGAGCCCUUGCCAAUUGGGCCAGGAAUGAAUCUAAAAGAUAUGCUUUGACUGAUUCCAUGAUCCGAGAGAAGGCCAGAUUUUUCGCCGCCACUGUAGGCAACAAUGAAAGUCAAUCGAAGCUCAAUAGCACUAGUUGGCUGGAGAGAUUCAAGCAGAAGAACAAUCUUGGUGGAAGGAGAUUGAAGAAGUCUCCAACUGAAUCACGCCCUAAUUUUCCCGAGGACGGUAUAACUAUUGUCGAUUCGAGCACCACCUCUACGUCUCACACUUCAGUCGAGAUGUCACCCAUGUCACCUGAAGACAUCUCACCUACCACCACUGAUUCCAGUCACGGUACGGCAAGGAAUGGGUUGCCUGAUGGCUUCUUUGACUUUGCUGGAACAGGAUACCGACACACCCAUUCGCAGAGUACCGCAUCACUCAACACCGGAUACUCCGGCAUGUCGAUCGCUCCUUUACUCGUGUCAAACCCAACUUCGCCGCAGGUGACCGACGCCGCCGUCAGUCCAUUUAGUCCUGAUGGAGGCGCUCGACUGCCUCCUCUAGAGAGUAACUUCAGUCGCCCUCGAAGUCAGACCGUUCCGAAUCUGAAUCUUGAACCAGAUGUAAUGCACAAAACAGACGCGUCUGAUGAGAUUACACCCAAAAUUUCUGAUCCGUCAACCAUGUCGAACAUGCUUGAGUCACCCCGUGAGGAGAAGCCAAUAUUUACCAAUCCAUUCGAUGCAAUGAAGCGAACGAACAGUUUUCCGGGUCCACAGAACAACAGAGAUACGUCCAUGCAACCGCCGCCAGUCCCCAAAUCAGAAACAGCUUCCCCAAUUGCCUCUCCUGUAGUUUCACCAACCCAACAGGAGGCGAGACGAGCGCUGGAGGUGGUCAUGACUUUUUUCCAAAGCCAACCGAUGGGUGUCGUCGAACCCAACGAGUACAUGACCAUGGGAAAGUUGAUGCAAAAACUCGAGCUUGCACAAAGCCCGGACGGAACCCCAUCUUUACCUGGAGGGUUGCAUCGUAUUGAUGAAGAGGAAGGUUUACGUGUCACGAAGAAGAGGAGUAUUCGCUCUCUGUGA